UCUGGAAGCUUACAGGAUGACACAAUGAUGCGUGAAGCAUAUGCUGCUCUUCCCACUGAUGAGAAUGAUGCAGACGAUCAAGAUGAUAUACAUGAAAGAAUCACUCAUAGUUGCAUGGACACACUGAAGGCAAUGAUGCCUAACAGUCUUGCUGGUGUUGGCUACCACAAAGUAGACAAUGAAGAUCCUGAUGUUGAUACGCAGGACUGUACCCCUACUCAUGACCCCUCGUGUUUUGACUCUGUUCUGGAUGCAGUCCCAUCCCUCAGGAGCCAUUAUCACUAUCGUCCUGUACAAAUAGAUGACAACGAUGAUGAUGAAGAGGAAGCGAUUUUCAAUGAAUGCAACUUGGUUUCAAUGGAAGAUAGAAAUGGGUUACCACCUGAUGCUAUCCAGCAGCUACAUUUUGAAGACCGAUUGCAUCUGCUAUCAACCGCUCAUGGAGUGCACCGUGUUGAAGUUCCUUAUCAUCAGACUGGCGGAGGGCGCCGUGUACCGCUAGGGGCGACCGCACGCUACGGCCGUAACUUAAAACACGGCACUCAGAAAGCGUCGCGAUUCAUCUCAGGAGUGACAAAAAGAAUGACGGUUGUUGGCACCAAAGUUCGGGCAGUGAGCUGGAGAGAAAACACGCAGCUCUUCGUCCGCUGGCUGCUGAACUGCCGGCGGGUGUUGGUGAUGGUGACCCUCACAGUUAUCAUCGCGCUGCUCUCAAUCAUCGUCUGGACAACAAAGGAUUUGUCAAUGCAGUUCCAAAGACAGCACCUAUUAGUUUUGGAUCUCAAGAAGAAGAUAGACGAUGUCGGGUUAAGACUAGACCGGAAUUUUGAGGACCAAUCGUUGCAUUUCAACGAUUUGAAGUCGAAUGCUGCUGCACUAAACCUCACAGUUAGUGAUGUCAGACUCAACGAAGUUCUUUUCUUAUUACGUCGCCUGACUCCCACCACGACGUUGACAUCCCGUGAUGCAAAAUUUCAAGACGUAGAUCUCGCCGGUCCUUCUGCCAAUAACCAAGCUGUUUCUGCACAAUCUCGUGCAAAGUGGCAGAGACGCUCUGACAAUCACUACUCAGAUAUUCUGGCAACGCUGAGGUCAAGUAGCCAGGGCCUCUCAGGUGGCGUGAUAUCGUCCAUCAUCGCUUGCCUGGUGGCGUUUUUCCGACAGAGAAUCUGUGUUGGAUGAACUCUACUAUCAGGCAGUGCUGGCUCUCCUGAAACUGAAUCGCUGUGCACUCAAUGUGCCUGUAUGAAAUCUAGUUAAUCUUAAUUCUCGCGUAUUGUUAAUGAGCAAAAUUAUCAAUAACAAUUUUUUUCCUGGACCACGCUUAUAUUAAUUUAAAAUCAACAAAAUCGUUUGCAUUCAGUGGCGUGUGUUUCGGGCUUUAGUAUAGCAUUUUCAACGGUUCUUCUGGUUCAUUCAACGUGGGAAUAAAAGCAGAACAUGGAAUUGAAACAUAAAUUAGCGCAAAAAUCCUAUGAAUUGGAACGUGAGACUUCCAAAACAUGAACAAAUCAGUGAGUUUAUAACGAUAAAUGUGAUGCAUUCAUUAUAAUGACAAUUCACAACGGUUGCGCUGGUACAAGGUCCGUGACGCCUGGUUAUAUGGUACGAAGAUGAUGCUGCUGGCGACAGUGUUCCGAGUGGCUAAAAACAACCAAACCUCGACCUACAAAAUUUGUCAAAAAAUUCUGCGACAUUUUUUUCCGUGUAAUGAAUAGUAAUGCAAGCCUUUAGUGCUCAUUCGUGUUUUAUAUCGCCUGCUGCGUUUAUCUUUUCACCGUUGUUAGAACUAAGAGUUACUAUCUUAAUAACCCUCUACCGCCGGACGUGAGUAACCGGAGCAAUAUUGUAUG